CCCGCUCGGCGGCCGCCCGCGCGCCGCCGCCAUGAAGCGGGCGCAUCCCGACUACAGCUCGUCGGACAGCGAGGAGCUGGACGAGGCCGUGGAGGUGGAGAAGGAGAGCGCGGACGAGAACGGGAACCUGAGCUCGACCGCGGGCUCCGCGUCGCCGUCCGCCACCUCGCAGAUCCUGGCCAGGAAACGGCGCCGAGGGAUCAUCGAGAAGCGCCGCCGCGACCGCAUCAACAACAGCCUGUCCGAGCUGCGCCGGCUGGUGCCCAGCGCCUUCGAGAAGCAGGUAGGCAGGCGGCUGCGCGGGGCUCUGCCCGCCGCGCCGGGGCUCUGCCCGCAGCUCCCGCCCCUCUCCCCUCAGGGAUCGGCCAAGCUGGAGAAAGCCGAGAUCCUGCAGAUGACCGUGGAUCACCUGAAGAUGCUGCACACGGCCGGAGGGAAAGGUUAUUUCGAUGCUCAUGCUUUGGCUAUGGACUACCGGAGUCUUGGGUUCCGAGAGUGCCUGGCUGAAGUGGCUCGAUACCUGAGCAUUAUAGAGGGCCUGGAUGCCUCUGACCCGCUGCGGGUCCGACUCGUGUCUCACCUCAAUAACUACGCCUCUCAGCGGGAAGCAGCGAGCGGUGCGCACGCUGGCAUUGGACACAUUCCUUGGGGCAACGCCUUUGGACAUCACCCUCACAUAUCUCACCCAUUGCUGCUGCCUCAAAACGGGCCCGGCAAUACCAGUACUCCAGCGUCUUCCUCAGAACCGCAUCACCAGGGCAGAAUUGCCGCCUCACAUGCUGAAACUUCCUCACUCAGAGUGCCCCCAAAUGGCAGCGUCGGACCAGUGCUCCCCGUGGUCACAUCUACUACCAAACUGUCUCCUCCUCUUCUCUCCUCCAUGGCGUCGCUGUCUGCGUUCCCCUUUUCGUUUGGCUCGUUCCAUCUACUGUCCCCCAAUAUGCUGAGCCCGUCUGCACCAACACAGUCAGCAAACCUUGGCAAACCAUACAGACCGUGGGGGACUGAGAUCGGAGCCUUCUAAGAACUAACUCUUUAGUAAGGGUGGGGAAGCCUGCAAACCUAGCUGAGCUGGGUUAUGCCACUCUUAACAUUGAAGUUCUUAAUAACUGGGACGAAGGUACAGCUUCACCUUAACUAAAUUUGUCUAGAAACUGUCUCUCUGGAUUUUUUUUUGUUUCGUUUUUGUUGUCGUUUUCUACAUUUUUGUAUUAGCAGGAUUUUUUGUUUUUGUUUUUAUUUUUGAAUAGUUGUCUGAAAAUAAAGUUAACAGUAGUGGAUGUUAACACUUGUGUUAGAUCUGUGCUGAACAUUGAAAUCAAUUUUGUAACAGCUCCUUUCAAAUGUUCCGUUUUUCCUGAGUACAUCGGACUGCCUUUUUAUGAAGACGUAUCACCUAUUAUUGUUAGCUACAGCCUAGUUUAGUUAUUAAUUUUUCCAAAACCACUCCUCUCAGCCUUAACAAGCUGUGUUUUUGUUAAUAUUUUGACACUGAGAUGUUCUAUAAGGAAUUACUGUUUUUGUAAACUAUAUAGGAGUCUUAUAUUUCUGAACAAAGCGUUGACAAAUCAGAUGGACCAGCUUGACCAGCUUUAUCUAAGAGCCCAGUUUCUGUUUCUUCUGCUGUGAUUCAGUAUAUUUGGAGGUCUUAUUCUAGUCCCUAGUGGGUGUUUAUUUGCAUCACAGAAUCAUUGCAUUAUUUCUUCCACCCAAAGGAGCAGUAUGUGCUUUAGUGCACACUUUAGAAUGGGGAGGGUGCAAAAGCAAAAUUAGAAGCUACAGUUGGUUAUGAGUUUCAUUGCUAGAGAUGUGGAAAAUUUGUUACACGCAAUAGCUUUCCAGCAUGUUCAAUUUACAGGGCCAGAUUCUGCUCUGAGUUACAGCAGAGCAAUUGCUGUGUUACUGGUAUUCUUGGUUAAGUGAAAGCAGAUUCUUUCCCUUUGUGAGCUUCAAAUCUGCACCUGAAACAAAUUAUGCUGGUAUUUAGAUAUCCAGUGGAAUGGUACAGUGGGAACCUGUUCAGUGCAUGACUUUGUUGCUUAACAAAUGUAUCCUAACUGGUGCAUUUUUUUUGUUGUUGUUUUUGCAUUUUGCUUUUAGUGGCAGUUCAGUGCUACUCCUCAUUUUGCAAGGGCUCUGCUGCAUUCUCGUGUGUGUGAGUGUGUGUGUGUGUGUGUACAUGUAUAUUUUGUUUGAUUUCAUGAGAAUUUUAAUCUGAACAGGUUUAUCUAGUGAGUUCCACUGGACUAGGUUUGACUGCUCUUGUAUUUGUGUUGUGGUUAAAUAAAGGAGAAAGAACA